UGUGGCUCACAGGUUUUGGCACUAAAAUUUUUUUCCUCCGGGAUUAGAAUCAACAUUAGCAGUCGUGCCCUAUAAUGUGGCUUGGUAUGAAAAAAAGGGGGGGAAACGUUGGAUGAGGAAUAUUAGGGUGUAAUUGAAUCACUUUACACUUUUGGAAACUCCCUUUUGUUUUUGCAGGAAAAAAAAAAAAUGGCUCCUUCAAAAAUUUACGACUUUGACCCGAUAGAAGCUGAUGAUGAACUAGAACUCGAAUUAUCAAAACUAUACGCGAACCAUCGUGCUGCCGCAGAAAAUAAAUCUGAAUUGGAAUUGCAUAAUUACCUUCAAGACAGGGCAUCUAUCAACAAAAAGGAAUAUCAUGACGUUGUUUGUGCAUUAUUGUACGGCGUUCUCACUGAACCCGAAAAUGCUCGUUUGUUCUUCCAAUCCAUUAGUUUUGUCAAUCGUGAUCAUUUUGGAAAUAUCAUCAUGAAACUUCAAGCAUUAAUCAUAUCUAUCAAAUUCCCAUGCAUGAAAAUUGCAGUCCGAGAACAAAUAUUUUGGUUGAUUAGUGAAUUAACAAAUCUUGGUGUGCAGAAUGUGGAUUCACUCUAUCUAUGUUUAUUGCGACAAAUCCGUAGUGGAGAUAUGAGUCAACCCAACUUAUUAUUAUGCGAUCAAUUACUAAAGUUAUUCGAAUUACACAAAUCAUGGCUUGAUUCCAACAUCAGAUUAAUACCAACCUUUGUAUAUACCUACCUUAAAGUCAUUGCAGACCACCAAAAAGUCCAACUUCAAUCACUACAACAAAAGGAAAUCAAAUUUGUCAUGACCUUACUUAAAGAAAAGUGGCUAGCCUGUUGUGAUAUUGGUAGAGACCUGAUUCGAGUAUUACACGAUUUAUCAUUGACAAUACCUGAGUUUACCCAAUUUUGGGAAGUGUUACUGAAUAAUCCACAAAAACUAUCACCUCGAUUUGGAGGCAUAGAAACGCUAUUGAAAACACCCACAAAAAAAGAGUACCUGAGAUGUAGAUUAACACCUGAUAUCGAAUUUAAAUUGUUAUUUAUUUUACAAAAUCUACGAUCAAACCAAUACCAGCGAAAUCUCAAUUGGUUUAUCCAAAGAUAUCUCAGUACGCCCGAGUCAGAGCCUUUUUACGUGGAUGUGGUACGAUACUUAGUAGCUGGAUGGUAUCCUUCCAACCAAAUCCUACAAAGUGACAUUGUUCCUCGAUAUGUCGUCAUCGGCAGUAUGAUUCGAUCCAUCAAAAACAAAACAGUAGUUGCCAAUGUAAAGACUGCAUUAAUUUACGAUUGGCUUUUUUUUACUCCUACAGAUAAUAUCAUGUUCAUCGAACCUGCCAUGUUAUUAAUGGAAAGAUCGGCGGAAAGAUAUCCAUACAUCACAUCUGUCAUCAUGGAGUUUCUAAAAAAUUCAGUCGAUGAUUACUUUCCACCCUUAAAAGAGUAUAUGGCUCGUUGUGUUGCUUGUGGUAUGCGAGUAUUACUGAGUAAAGGUGUGAUUCGAAGCUUAAUGCCUAUUUAUAAAUGCCCUUCUACUGAACCUACCACACGAGAAUAUAUGCAAGCCUUAUUUUCAGAAUUCCUUACGGAUGAAGCAUCAGUGCAUGCCUUACCAAUGCCUACCCAUCUUCAAGCUACACCAAGUAUACCGGGCACACCCAAGACCGAAGGGUACGUGACCGAGGAAGAAUUGGAAGAAGGAGAAGAACCUGCUACUACUAGUACUACUAAUACCACUGCUACUGCUACUAUUACUACUACUACUCCUGCUGCUGUACAUCAUGUAGAUGAUGAUGAUGUAGAUGAAUACCUCUAUGGAGACUCUGACACAAAACCAAAGACAGCUGAGCAAGAAGACGAAGAUAUGGAAGAAAACCCUUUAUCAACACUCAGCACUUCAUUCGAACCUGAUCAAGAAGACAGAGAGGAGGUACAGACGCCUGUGAAAGAGGAAUCAGUGGCACCAGGAUCGAUUGCCGGUGACGACCCAGACGAUGUAGAGCAAAUGGCGACUGAUGACGAUUUUGAAGACGAAGUGGAUGAAGUAGAAAAUAUUCAAUCGAAUCAGUCGUAUUGGAUUUUUGGUGAUUCCCUAAAGAGAUUUAAAGAAUCAAGUGCAGCUGUGACACUUGCACAAAAGAAGGAGGGAGAUCAAACGAAUUAUGCUACCAACUUGCAUACCGCAAAAAAGAGUUUAAAAGAAAUUUUAGCAGUAUUCCUUCGUAUGGCUAUACCCCCCGAGACUUUAGUGCCCACCAUCGGACCCUAUGUACGCAAUAUGGUUGCUUCAAAUAUGUUGGAACAUGUCACUACUUUUGAAAAAUCAAAUGACGUAGAGGCGAUAUUGGAAGAUCCAUCUAAGGACGUCUUUGACUUGAUCAUGGCUACCUUUUGGAGUGUGCGCGAUAACGAUGCUUCUAGAGAAAAAUUGAUCCGAUUAAUAGGCUGUAUAUCUCAUACAAAAAAGAAUAAGGGAAAACGACAUAUUAUUGGGAUGCGAUGGUGGUCUUUUAUUGCGAUACAAUUGGAAGCCGACGAAAACUCGGAUAUACCAAGUGCUGAUAAUUGGUUCCCUGGGAUCUUAUCUAAUUACGAAAUUUAUGUUUUACAUGCGUAUGCGAUUGAAGAAUCUACGAUCGACCAGAGUGAAUACUUGAAAGACUAUCUCAAGCAAGACUUAUAUAUACUUGCUGAGCAAAGUGUUGUUUUCUUUAAUGAUAUUAUACCUCUCUUAUACCAAUAUCUUCCAAAUGCAACUGUCGGAAACAUGGAUAUCUUAAAUCUUACGGUCAUGAUGCUAUUACCUGAAUCCAUGGGUAAAUUGGUGUGUCGUUUACAUUAUGGGUCUAUCAAAGUGUUUGGAGAUAAAGUAGAUGUAAUUUUAUUAAAUAACUCGCUGUCACUUGCUACAUAUGAGACCAUGUGUUUCUGGCAAUUGCUAGCAGCAGAAUUACAAGGCAAUAGUAAUUAUAUCGAAUUGUUUUUCAGUGAACCACAAAUUCUUGAUAUCUUGAGAACCAAAUUUAAAAAUGAAAUCAUCUCCUCCUUAUUCUCUAUACUUACAAGUACGAAGCCAACUAAGGAUUUAAUUUAUUCAAUUAUACGUAUCAUUCCUGAGAAUUUCAAGACGACCGAACCUCAAGUUCAAUUCGCGCUUGCUUCGUUUCAAUACUGGUCUACCAAUAUGACUAAGGUGUUUCUGACGGCCGUGUCACAAUUGACAAAUUCAUUUGUCAAACAAAUUGAAACUGGUAAAGAAUAUGAUGUAACCUGUGCUGCUACAUUUGUUUCUAUCAUGAUGACUUGGUGGAACCAAAAACUGACUUCAGAAACUUUUAAAAAGGACAAAGCAUUAUUAGCUGUCUUAUCGAAACUUGGAGAUUCAGUAAACCAAUCUUAUCCCAAAGAAUGGCAAGCUGCACCAGUUGAGAAUCGUAGAAAGAAGAGAUCCAUUAUGUUAGAAUCAGACGAAGAAUAAACCGUUUUUUCUACAGUGGCAUUUUGUAUUGAUUACGAUGUUUUACUUUUCACAGACAAACCUAAAUAAAUAAAGCUGCGCUUUUUAAUACCUCCACGAGGUUUUUUUUUAAAAGA